AGCGGACCAGGGCGCCUGGCGCAGCGGAUUGAGGGUCUGAGUGCAUGAGGGGCCCCUUAAAGAGAAGCGCCGAGCAAACGGCACGGACUUUCUCUAUUGAAGAAUCAGCGAGAUGAGGAACAGCGCCAACCCGGCAUCAUGCGCUCCAGGCUCCCGAGGACCGCCUGCCUAUUGCGAAUCAUUGCACUCUGCAUCCUUCUGUCGCACACUGCAGCUUAUUUUGGACUGACAGGUCGGGAACCUCUGGUGUUUUUACCAGCUCCGUUUUCCAAUGAAGCUCCAUCAGGAAAGGCCCACCUGAAGCAGUGCGAACAAAUGACUCUGACGAGGAGACAGAAGAGACUCUGUCGCAGGGAGCCGGGCUUAGCCGAGACGCUUCGGGAGUCGGUGCGCCUCAGCCUCCUUGAGUGUCGGUAUCAGUUCAGAAACGAACGCUGGAACUGCAGCCUGGAUGGACGGGGAAGUCUUCUGAAAAGAGCUUUCAAGGAGACUGCAUUCCUGCUGGCUGUGUCCUCUGCAGCACUGACCCAUGCACUUGCCAAAGCAUGCAGCUCAGGUCGAAUGGAGAGGUGCACUUGUGACGAUUCCCCCGGGAUCCAGCAUCGGGAAGCGUGGCAGUGGGGGGUCUGUGGUGACAACCUGAAAUACAGCACCAAGUUUCUCAAAAAGUUCCUCGGCCAAAAGAGGGUCAGCAAGGACCUGAGGGCUCUGGUGGAUGCCCACAACAUCAACGUUGGAAUUCGGGCAGUGAAGAGCGGACUGAAAACAACCUGCAAGUGCCAUGGUGUCUCCGGCUCUUGUGCUGUACGGACUUGCUGGAAGCAGCUGUCUCCUUUUCACGACACUGGACGCCUGUUGAAGUAUCGAUACGACACUGCUGUGCGAGUGCUGAGCGUCACCAACGCAGCCACCGGGGAGACCGAACUCGCAAGCCCCCGUCGCCAAGGUCAGAGCCUCCGGACUACCGACCUGGUCUACCUGGAAGACUCCCCCAGCUUCUGCAGGCCCUCUCGCUACUCCCCUGGUACAGGUGGCCGUUCGUGCGCCAAAGACACAAGCUGUCAGAGUCUGUGCUGCGGUCGUGGUUAUAACACAGCCAUGCGCCUCACCAGCCUGUCUUGCCACUGCCAGGUACGCUGGUGCUGCCACGUGGAGUGUCAGACAUGUGUGAGAGAGGAGGAGGUAUAUACCUGCAAAAAUGCAUAGCUGCAUGAUGAGAUAAAGACAUUUGCAAAGACCUGAAUAAAGAAUGAUCCUUUGAGUCAAUGGAAAAUGUGAUUUAAAAAAAAAUGAAUCACUGAUCAUGGACAGGACUGAACUGUAAUCUCCUAUAGACACUUAACACUAAGGGAUUGUGAACUGCAUGGAAUAUACAAAUGUAAUAAUAUUAUACUGCUGGUUAUAGUCACUAAAUUGAUAUGCAACAGCUUACUGUAGGUGAGGAUGUUUUCAAACUACCCUGCUUUUCUCUCGCUGGAUGCACUGAAAUCUCACUCUCCUGAGGAUGAGGAGGGAAAAUGCUCUUACAGCAGGUACUGGACCGGACUGGAAGACACCGGAUGCUGAAUCCUGUCUGCAAGGAAGCUCUAAAAGGGAUUUUGUUGUGUUGUAAUUGUCUCCCUCCAUUUCACUAUUUAUUGUGCCAGUUUUGUUGUACUGCUGCUUUAUAUUUUAAUUCUUGGAAUCAAUUGUUAUCAAUGAGGCUAAAAUAGCCUUUAAAGGAACCUACCUGUCUGACUUUCUGUCUGCUGUGGUGAACUUUUAGCUAAAGUUCAGUCCUGACUAAAAAGCACUUAAGUUGCUCUUGCUUCAUGAGAUCCUAUGUGCAUUAUGAAUUGUUUGUCUUUAGGCCUAAAUAUAUGAUUAGAAAGAAUCACUGGAAGCUUUGAGCAGUGAUUAAUGCCACACAACCUACAUUGUAACUGAUGCAUGAGAAGCUUAUUGUGCAAGCAGAGAAGCUGGCUUUCAGUUGCUCUUAUGGAAAUGUCUAUGGAAAUCUUUACAUGUGGACUAAUGUGGGCUCAGUAGAACAAAGGGAAAUACCUGGGGCAAUAGUGAGGGAAACACCAAACACUGUGGUUAAAAAUCACUUUUUUGCUUAAUUUAUCAGCAUACCAGCCUGGCUCUUCUAAUUCUGCUGUUUAUAGAAACACACACUUUGCUAUGCUUUCAAGUUUAAAAUUAUUUGGCCGAACCAUUUGGUCUUCAAAGUCUAAUUUAGCCACGUCUUUGUUCUGACUGCCUUUGAAGUGGGCUAAUCAUGCUCCUUAUUUGCUAAAAUUGCUAAUCAAAGACAAUCACCCAGUUUACUACCCUUAUAUAUUCAACUUCAAUGUGUCCAUGUGUGCAGGUCAAAAGUGCGUGCCGGACCCCAAAGGUUUGUUUUUAUUGGCCAGUUAAUGUUUUCUCUGAGGGACUCUGAACUGUAUAUAUAAUCUGAGUAUAACUCAUGUCAGGGGUCCUGGCGUCUGACAAUGUGGAAUCAUAAUUUUCUACCUCACUUCAUCUUUUGGCAAAUAUCAGUAAGAUUUAUGAGCUAUGCAGAGUUAUCCUCUCUGUAGAUACAUGUUUUCCCCUCUGCAUUCGUUAUAAAUAUCAUAUUUGAGAUGUUUGUACAGCUCUUUUUAAUUUGGUAAUAUAUGAAUACUCAUUUUUCCAAAGCAAGUUUUAUAAAAAUCUAGUUGCUUUACAUUCUUAUUUAAAACAAACAAGGUUAAUAAAUGGACAACGAGUCACAAGGCCUACGUGUUUGUUGUGUCUUGCUCAGUUGCUGCAGGCAAACACACUAAACCAUGCGCACACACACACUUCACACGCAACAAGGAAGCGAGCGCAAUACACCUGCCCGAAACACGGCUCUGUGCAUCGACUGAGCAAAAAACCACUUCCUGCUCAUGGUGGCCUGGCCUCCUUUUCAUCUGAAAAUCCUGUGGUCGUGCUGCAUCGCCAUCAACCGCCCAACC